AGCAAACACUAUCUUAAUAUUUUGGACAUGGCUUUGGGCCAGAAAACCAAUCCGCAUAAAAACCCGACCCACACACAACAAUCCCCAAAUACAAGCAUUCAAACAACAUCCAUCCCUCCCCUUACGCUGCCCAGAUCUCCGCCGCCACAUACAGCGCCGCCGGUCCCUCUAAACGUUCUUCUCUGGCCUCCCUACGCCCAAAUCCCAUACUUGCCCCUGCCGACUUGCUAUUCGUCGCCAAUCUCAUCCGUCUGUUUUGAAUUUCACAUCGGGUCAGGUUGCCAAGUUCAUCCUCUGCCGUUCUGAACACUACCUGAUCUUGGGAUUGACUCAUCUUCUCUUUUGAUUUCGUCGCCAUUUCCCCCGCCGUUGAGACUCCCAUCGUCGUUUUGGUCCUCCUCAGCGGCGCCGGUGAUCCUAUUUUGUUGGCUGGUGUCCCAAUUUCCUUAAAUAAACCCUCUAACACCACCCAACCUCACUAACACCAUAGCAUCUCUGUCUCUACCACAUCCGCCGUCCUUCGACCACUUCCAACGCUCCGUCCACACCUCCACCUAUCCACAACCUCGCUGCCGCCGUGCCCAAUCCCAAGAACAAGGUUUAUCUCGCCAGCCAAGGCUGCACAUCUCCAAACGAGGAUCUUGUUAAUGAGUACGUUCUCGCGGUUUUCUUCACAUUAAGGUUCUGAAAGUCGUUCGAACCAACCGGUCAAACCGCGAAUCGAAGGGAAUAGCGGUUCGGACAGACGUUGAAACCGAAGAUUUGAAAAACCGACGUUGGAUCGUCAAACCGGCCGGAAACCGGUUAGCCGAACCGAAUUAGAACCCGGCCGGUUUUUUAAAUUUUGCAAAACGUCGUCGUUUUGCUGGGAUGCCUAGCCAAUUACACAACCCCAAUGUUCAGGAAAUCGAACCGGAUUGGCCGGUCGGACCGGUUUAACCGCGAACCGACAAUACCAACGGUCCGGUCAGGAAUGUAAAACCGGAAAUCGUAAAACCGGUGAAAACUGUUGAGCCGGCCGAUCGGGCCGAACCGGAACCCGGCCGGUUUACACAAAAAAGGGAAGCUCAUUCGUUUCUUUCUCCUUUCUCCCUUUCUUUCUUUCAGUCAGAGAAAUCACCCAAACCCUAAGUACUGUAAGCCCACACCACCGCCACAAGGAGUGGCAUACUGCGGCCGUCCGUCGCACUCAAAGUUCGCCAUCCGUCAUCUAGCUUCCCUCGUGCUCCAAAUCUUCAACCCCUGUUCGCUGUCACCGAUUGCGGUUGCUUCCUCGAGCUCGGCGUCCGUCGUCUUUGUCUGCUCAGCCGCGCUUCCGUCGCCGUUUGUUUGCCGUUCACGUUCGCGUCUUCGUUCGCGUUCUUCGCCAUUCGCGUUCGCUCGGCGUUCACCGUUCGCGUUCACUCGCUGUUCACCGUUCGAGUUCGCGUUCGUCUGGAAGCCACGUUGCUCUGCUUCAAACUCUGCCACCAACCCGCGCGCUCCACUCAGCCGUCGAACUGCUCUCUUUUGUCCCCGCUAACCUUGCGCAACCCAGCAACCUUAGCUCCACACAACGGCUAAACGCGAACCCAUCCCUCCCAUCACCCUCAAGCUCCUCCUUCCUCUCACCGUCAUCGAUCUCACUCCCUCACCUCCGUCCAUCUCCCGCCGCUGUCGCCGAAACGAGCUUCGAAGCCACCGUCAUCGUGCAGCUCUGUUCCACCAUCGUGCAGCUACUGUUUCAGCUUUGAAAGCACCGUCGCGCAGCUCUGUUCCAUCGUCGCCGGGCUCGCCUCCUUCCUCCGUCGCGCAGCUCUGUUCCAUCGUCGCCGGCGCUAUCUCUGUUUCACCUGUCAUCCCUUCGGUCGUGCCCUUGUCCCCCUCUUGCUCAGGAUCUGCUCUGCUCUGUUCUAGGGCUUCUAGCUUCUAGAAGAUGAUGGGGUCUUCAGGCUUGAAUCCUUUGAAACUAAGUGUUGCACGUGGGGUUUUCUACAAUCUCUAUGAAUUGAACGUGACAUAAUACACAUAUAUGGCUUCAAAUGAGAUUCUGACAUCUGCUGCGACAAACCCUGAAGUUCUGACUGAAGCGGCAAAGAUAAAGGAGAAUAAGGGAGAAGAAGAAGAAAAGAAGGAGAUGAGUCGGAAGGAGAAGCGGAAGGCAUUAAAGAAAAUGAAACGGAAGCAAAUCAGGAAGGAGAUUGCAGUUAUGGAGCGGGAAGAGGAGGAGGCUCGCAUCAACGAUCCCGACGAGCAGAGGAGGAUGCAACUCCUGGAGCAGCAGGAGGCUGAGAGAAUGGAGAGUGACAGGAAGCUUUUCGAGGAAAGAGAGAGGGCUUGGAUGGAGUUACAGCAGAGGAUCCAGCAGCAGCAGGAGCAACAACAGCAACAGAUAGACCUUCUUGAAGAAUCACAGUCGGCACGCAAUGAUAAUGGUAGUGACAAUGAUGAUGAUCAAUGGGAGUAUGUGGAGGAAGGGCCUCCUGAGAUUAUCUGGCAAGGAAAUGAGAUUAUCCUCAAGAGGAACAAAGUGAGGGUUAGGGUUUCAAAUAAGGAAACAAAACAAAAUCAGCAUGCUGAUGAUGCUGAUAGACCUACCUCAAAUCCUUUACCCCCAGAAUCUCACUCAAAUACAUUCGCUCAGCAGGUGCUGGAGAAUGUUGCUCAACAAGUACCCAAUUUCGGAACAGAACAGGACAAAGCUCAUUGCCCUUUUCAUUUAAAAACUGGAGCAUGCCGAUUUGGUCAACGUUGUAGCAGAGUCCACUUUUACCCUGAUAAAUCCUGCACCCUUCUGAUGAAAAACAUGUACAAUGGUCCUGGCCUGGCUUGGGAGCAAGAUGAAGGCCUUGAGUACACGGAUGAGGAGGUUGAACGCUGUUUUGAAGAAUUUUAUGAUGAUGUUCAUACGGAGUUCCAGAAAUUUGGAGAAAUUGUGAACUUCAAGGUGUGUAAAAAUGGUGCAUUUCACUUGCGAGGAAAUGUCUACGUUCAGUAUAAACAUUUGGACUCUGCUCUGCUUGCUUACAACACUGUUAAUGGGCGCUACUUUGCUGGGAAACAGGUAAGUUGUAACUUUGUUAGUUUGACAAGAUGGAAGGUUGCCAUAUGUGGCGAGUAUAUGAAGUCAGGUUACAAGACUUGUUCUCAUGGAACAGCGUGCAAUUUUAUACACUGUUUCCGAAAUCCUGGUGGAGACUAUGAAUGGGCUGAUUCUGAUAGACCGCCCCCAAAAUAUUGGGUGAAAAAGAUGAUAGCAUUAUUUGGUUAUUCUGAUGAUUAUGAGGCUUUAGGGGAGCGAGAAAAUUUGAGUUUGCAAAAGAAUACCGGGGAGAUGUCAAGAUCAGAUUCUUUCAGGUACCACUCAAGUAGAUCAAGAUCUAGGGAGAGGGAUCAGUUGAAAAGUUAUUCUAGCAGAAGAAAACAUGGAGACGAACGAAGGCAAAGAACUCCCGAUGAGGGAUGGAAUGCCAAUUCAAAAGAGAAUCAUAAAAUUAAGCACAAAACUCCGGUUUCCGAAUCCAGUAGGGAAUGGCUAGAAAAAGAUGAAAAUAGGGAAAGUCACCAUAAACAUUACAGAAAAAGCUCGUUACAUAGUGACAAGGAUGACAGUCGCAGAAGCCAUGAUGAGGAUUUUGAUACAGAUUUGGCUAUAACUGGUAAGGACGAUGAAGUAGAACAUGGAAAAGAACGACGACACUGUAAGAAAGGGAAGAGAGAUAGAAGGGAUCGGAUUUAUGAGUCCGAAUCAGAGCACCAUACCAGUAGAAGGAAAAGUUCACGGCAUCACAGUAGGGACAAUAGAACCGGUGAAGCUGAAUCUAAUAAAGAUUUGUUUGAUCAAGGAGACUUGGAACCUCAUGAUAGCUCUAGGAAAAACACGAGACACAGGAGGUUUAACCAUCGAGAAGACAACAAAGACUAUGAUAGUGAACAUGAUGAAGUUGAUGGAGAUUGGUCACGGAGAGAGAGACACAGAAGAUCUGGCUAUCGAGAAGACAUUAAAGACCAUGAAAAUGAAUGUGAUGAAAUCAAUAGAGGUUGGUCACGGUGGGAUGGGGACGGAAGAUCGCAUCAUCAUAAAAAGAAGCGCUCAAGACACCACUCACCAGAUGUCAUCUAAGAAUGCAAGUAAGAAGAGUUAACUUUUGUAUUCCUGUGAUGAUACUUUAUCAUCUUUUGUACAAUCUCUUCUACUGUCAUAUGAUAGUGAGGAGACUGGUUAUGAACAUUGGUUAAGAGAGCUGUGAAAAUAGUUGUAGUCAGAUGAUUUAUUCUUUGCAUACCGGACGUGGUAGGAAAAGAGAGAUUACUAGUAAGAUUGUUUCAAUUAAAGUAAUGAAAAUCUUUUUCAAGAUA